CCGCCGGCCAUGCUGUCGGGCCUGCUCUCCAGAAGCGGCGUCGGCACCCUCGUCGCCGGCGCCCCUGCAGGCUAUGCGGCGGUGGCUGCCGGGGAGCCUCCGGUGGUCCUCGCGGCCGAGGAGGCGCAGGUGCCCGGCGUGGUGCCCCAGGUGAUGCGGGACGAGUCUCCCGGGUUCGCGCGCACCGGCCCCAGGCACGGCGCCUCGUUCUCCGUCCCGGGCGUCAGCGGCUUCGUGCACCCGCCGCCUGGCGCCGCCAUGAUGCAUCAUGGCCACGGGCACGCAGGCGCCGCGUGCUGCGGCGGCGUGCAGCCGUGCGAGGCCGAGAACGGGGCGCUCGUGUACGUCGGCGGCGGCCGGGGCCGCUGGGAGCCGGUGACGCAGUACAGGUUUGUGGGCGCGGGCGCGGGGCACUUCGACGUGGUGCCCACCACCGCGCCGAGGUGGUGCGGGUGCGACGGAUUCCCUGGUGCUGUUGCGCGCUCAUCACCUUGAGCUUGUUGUGGGCGUGGUUGUCACGGCCAGAGCCGCUGACGAGUACAACGACAACCACCACGACCACCCGUACAUCCACCAUGACGACGACGGCGACUAAUACAACCACGACGGCGACAACCACGACGGCGACUGCUACAACCACCACCAGGACCACGACGUCCACCUCGACUCUGACGACCACGACUGUGACAACCACCCCCUGCCCGACAGUCUGGGUGCCGAUGCCGCUCUGCCCCCCUGGCGUGACGUGCACCACGACCGAGUGGAGGGGCCACCUGUCGGACCCGAGCGGCUACAGGGCCGAGCCCCCCCCCGGAGCGAAGACAGCGCCGACGCCACCGCCUGGACAUGGUGGCGCCCCGCCGCCGCCGCCCGUCAAGGAGGGCGAGGCGAAGCCCGACGAGGGCGCCCCGCCGCCGCCGCCCGUCAAGGAGGGCGAGGCGAAGCCCGACGAGGGCGCCCCGCCGCCGCCGCCCGUCAAGGAGGGCGAGGCGAAGCCCGACGAGGGCGCCCCGCCGCCGCCGCCCGUCAAGGAGGGCGAGGCGAAGCCCGACGAGGGCGCCCCGCCGCCGCCGCCCGUCAAGGAGGGCGAGGCGAAGCCCGACGAGGGCGCCCCGCCGCCGCCGCCCGUCAAGGAGGGCGAGGCGAGGCCCGAGGAGGGCGCCCCAGCGCCGCCGCCCGCGGUGGGCGGCGAGGCGGCGCUGCCGCCCGCGGAGGGGGCGGAGGUAGGUGCGCCGCAGGAGGCGGAGGCGGCCGGCCCGCCGCCGCAGGAUCGGCCUGGCGUCAGCGUGGGUCUGGACGGCGCCGCGCCGGGGCCCCCUGCCGAGGCGCACGGCGUGCAGCCGGGGCUGCCCCCGCGGCCGCCAGAGGGCGAGCCGCCCGCCGCCCCAGCAGCCGCGGGGCUCCCGGCAGAGAUGGAGAGGCGGCGAGCGCUCUCGAAGCCUACUCCCACGAUGCAGGCGGGCCUCCAGUCG